AUGGUAAGUGCUCUUUGCAUUUCUCUUGACCUGGAGGCAGAAAAGGAGGAGCUGGUCUUUGCCUUGGGGGGCUUGCAGUACCUGAGCAAAGCCCGGCUGGGACAGAAGCGGGAGGGGAACGCUUCCCGGCGGAGCAAGGACCAGCCCGCAGUGCUGGGAUGCUUCUCGCCGAGCACCGGCCAGCCGUGCCCACAACCGGACUUCGGCGGGGACCCGGGCUGCGCCUGCCCCUGGGCCGCCCCCGCCGGGGUUUCCAAGGAGACCUGGGCUGCCGUCUGCGCCGUGGAGCCGCCGCACAGCCAGGGCCGGCGGGAGGCUCGGCCGCCUGGUAAGUGCGCUCCCGCUGCCGCCGCCGUCGGGGGCUGGGCGAGGAUCGAGGAGCGGGCUAACCCCUCGAGUCUGCUCCCCGCAGGCCAAUUCUGCAGCCCACAGCUCGGUGCCCAGGACGCGGCGUGGCAGGGAGACCAGCUGUCCUCUCAGCUCUACCGAAACAAGCAGCUUCAGGAUACCUUGCUUCAGAAGGAAGAGGAACUUGCUAGGUUACACGAAGAAAAUAAUAACCUCCGACAAUACCUGAAUUCUGCCCUGAUUAAGUGCUUAGAAGAAAAAGCCAAGAAGCUGCUAUCCUGCCAUGGGCAAAAGAAUGGUGCUAUUCUCAAAACCACCAAGAGGAGAUUAAAGGAGGACCACUGCGUUGUUCCUCAAGAAACUCCUCAUGCUUCCAAAGCUAGAAGGAACCUCUUUAAUGAAUUCACUGCCUGUGAAGAGCAAGCCAGCCCUGCUAUAGACAGCUGGGUCUUGCAGACUUUAGGAUUAAAAGAUGUCAACACCAUUGAUGAAAAUUCAGCUAACUACAGUGCCCUGUCCUCAGACCUUGGAAAAGACACCUACAGCCUGAGCCCUGCCUGUGGGAUGCCUUAUCUGACUGGCAGCUUGUCACCCAACAAAACAGAAGUGGCCUUCACAACAUCUCUCAGUCCUCACCGCAAUGUGAGAACGCACACCUUCCACCAAGGACAGGCCUUUGUGCACAGGGGUGAUGAUGGAGGAUGGAGGUUCACCUGGGUGCCCAAGCAGGCUGAAUAAAGCACCUGGA